GGCCUUGCUGAGGCGCGGCCGUGCGGGAUGGAACGGGUCCGCUGGCAGGGGCCUUGCCAGGGCGGAAAGGCACCGUUGAAGAAGCGCCGCUCGUCCCCUGUGCCAGGGGUUUCCGGUAGCCGGGCCGGCAGCUCCCAGCCGUGCCGCCGGCGGCUCUUCGGGAGAUCGGGCCCCAGCGGCGAAGCGGAGCCCCGGUGCCUGAAGAGAAAGCCCAAUGUGAAAACCCUACCAAAAAUUAAGGAAAAGAGUGAAAUCACCCAAGUGAGGCAGUCAUGCAACCAAAGCAAUCAAGUGAAUGUCCAAGAAGAAACACAUUUGGAAACAAAAGAAUAUAGAAUAGAAGAAAGCUCUGUACAGGUAAAGGGAUCCUUGUUAAUCAACUUUGAAAGUAAAGAAAGCUUGAAAAGUACUGAAGUGACUUCAAGUACAGGAAUGACUCUUCCCACAGGUGUUUCCACCUUUCUCCUAGAGUGUUUAGAUACAAGCUCAACUGAAGAGUAUAACACAGGUGCUAAUAGCAGCCUGAGCAGUUUCUCAUCCCCUGAAAUAUUUAGAGAUGAUGGUUCAGAAGGAAGUAAUUUUUACCCUGUGGACUCCAGCAAGUACAAGAACUCCACUCUCUUGGACUCCAGCAAAGCCAUGGCUAUAGAUAAGAUACCCCACCUCUCAAAUCUUUCAACAAUAUUAGAACCUGUAGAGGAUGAUUUUCCAGACCAAUACAGCAGAAGAAAGAGACUUUCACAUUGCAUUUAUAUUUCUUCAUCACUGAGUGUUUCAAAUACUGUGGCAGGAAAAAAAGCCUGUAAAAUUACAGCUGCAAGAGAGAGAACUCCAAACCUAAAAACUGCUAUGCGCUGUUCCUCACCAUUAGGACCGGAAAGAAAGCCUGAAAAUCAAACGGCUAAACCUAAAGGGCUGGUAUCUAAGGUAAAAGAACAACAUUCCAGGACCUCAGGAGGAGGACCAUCAUCACUCCAACUGCUUGGUGCUCCAGGAAACACUUCAGCCAGAGCAGUGGGGUUGACAGCAGAAGUACUGCCACAUGAACAGACAGGUGCUGUGGGGCCUCCGUGUGGCAGAGAAGAAAUCUGCUCCAUUGUCAAACUGUCACCACCCCGGAAGCUCUCCAGGCUUCACCAAAUUCCUGCUGACACAAAAGCAUUCCGCUUUCCCAGAAGGCUGCCUGAAGAAGGAAAACAAAGCACCGGCGUGUAA